UCCUCGUUCAAUAUUUGCGUUUGCGUUUACGGCAUGAUACAUUUUCAUUGUAAUGGGAACUGGGAAAUUUAAAUGAAACUAUAAGUACAGAAUUGCAGAGAGAAGUAAGGGUUGGCAGCAAAUUCUAAAUUCCAUGACAGUUUAUUAAUGUUAUCAAAAUAAAUGUAUCUUCUCUGUGCGUAUGAAGGAGGAUCGAUUUAAAGUAACACGAGUUAAUUUUCAGUUUUACAAAACACUAAUAAAAUAUUUCAACGGUCUUAUUGCAGAAAGCUUUGCGAAAUAAAGACUUGUAUGGAAUGUUCUUAUUUCAAUUAACUUUGAGACAUUGUAACCAAUUGAUUUCGUACAAAGAUUGCUAAAACAUGGUGCAGAAAUCAAUUGAAAAAUGAUAAUAAAAUUUAUUGUUUAAAAUGAGUGUCUUUUAGCACUACUAGUAGCAUGUUCUGCAAUCUAGCUAAAGAUGAGCAUGAACUCGAACGAUCACAUCAGCUCUCAAUUAGACGACAAAAAGCUUUAGUAUAUCUACUGAGACUGAUUGGUUUGUUCGUUUUAAAGUUAGAUUUCUCAAUAUAACCUUUAUUUUUACUGCAUAGAAAAGAUAAAAGACUAAACAUAUGAAUACUGUAGGAUCAUAGACAAAAAAAAACAAAAAAUAUUGAGAAUAUUGUGAGCCUUUUCGUUCUAAUUUUUAAAAUAUAAAACGAUAAAUUUAUUGCUAAGUUUUUCAUAAUAUUAUCGCAUCGCCAAGUGUUUUCAAUAAAAAAAAUUUACUCUAGUUAAACUAUUGUUUUAUUUUUAUUUUUCAUGUAUCCUGUUUAUUAAAAGAGCAACUGGAUCAUAAAGAAUUUUUAAAAGUUAAUUUUAAACUUCUAAUCAUUUCUCGGUCUGUGCUAUUGAGUGUCGAGUGUGUCUACAAUGCUAAAGGAGAACUCAAAUGUCCACUAGUUUGGGAAAUGAAUUCUUUUUACAUUUUUUUCACGAACAAUUCGGCAGUUUUAAUAUUACACUUGACUAAAAAUAACGGCCAAGCUGAAUUAGUGUGAUUAUGGACAUUUGAAAAAAACCAGUUUGAAAAUGAUAAGCGAAUUUGGCGAGAGUAAAAACCAAAUUACUCAUUUACUAAAUAGUUUAUGGCAGGUAAUUAAAAAGCGCAAUCGGACACAAAAAAGUAGAAAAGAAAGAAUAUAUUUUCAAUUAUGUUUCACUUCAUUAGAUAGCAAUAAUUGUGUGAUUGCUAAAUGAGAAUCUACAUUCUAUGUUAUGAAAGACAGAACUAAAAACGGCUAGAAAACCAUUUGCUCAAAGACCAAUGUAUAAUUUUGCAAUAUAAUAGUAGAGAAGAGAGUGAUGAAACUAGCUUAGAACGCUAUAGGUAUUCACCAGCAAGAAAAAAAAUGUAAUUCCAACUUGCCGACAUUCGCAGUCAAUAGUGACGCAUAGUGAUACCUAGGCGUAUUGUGUAUGAAAUAUUGAAAUGUUUUUCGCUCGUUUCAAAAUGCAUUCAUUAUUUAAAAAUGUCAAAAAAGCUAGUGCAAGACAGCUGGGUGAAUCUUUACCCAAGAAUGGACUCUAAAAGUAAAAUGCAUACAAAACCGAUUAAACAUUCGACAAAAACAUGCUUUUGGUUUAUAAUCCUACACUAACAGCUAAUGCACAAACCAAUAGUUUAGCACAUAGCGCGAUAGUUCAAGUCAUCGGAUAUUGAGCAAACUUACGAUCUAUACAAAAGAUAUAAAAACAUUUGCCAGAUUCUUUUGUAUACAAAUUUACCAACCAGAAGAUUUUUUUUUAAUUUGUUUUUGGUUUUUUAACGAAUGAUAUCAGGUAAAACUACUGUUUGUGUUGCAAAUUGCUUGAAGCAAAUUUUUCGGAAUGCAUUGUAACUUGAUUUUGUGCCAGCUUGAAAUUAAUAAACCCAGCAAUGAGAUUAAUUUCCUGCUCAUGUGAGUGCCAUAUCGUGUGCAAUAUGUAUUCCAACGAAAAAAAGGGGAAGAAGAAAAAUCACAAACCAGAUUACAGGAAUUUUGCAAACAUACACCUUGUGCCGAUCAGCCCAUUUUUCGAUUGCAGAACUUUAAAAUAUAUAUUCGUUAUUAUCCAUGUAACCUCUAUACAAUAUAAGCAAUGUAUAGUCAAAGUAACAUAUCUAUCUACUAACAAAUUUAUUAGCUGCAAUAUAAACCUUUAUUGUGUACAUCACUACACAAAUAAAAACGUCACUAACGAAAAUCGGUUUAUCAAUCUAUUAAACAAAGCGACUCACGCAGGCAAUUUAAGUUAAAAAUAAAAACAAAUAAUUUUGAGAUGAUUUAGCAUCGUUUCAUGAUGGAAUAUUAGCUGAAAAAAUUAACUCUUUUAAAAGAAAUUUGCCCUCUAUUAAAAAGAACAGAUGCCAAAAAAUGAAUCACAUUUUUUAUCUGCCUUUGCCAAAACUACGAUUCCUUAGUUUAUGCGAAUCAUCUCCUACGAAACAUGUUGAUUUUUUUAUUAAUAUUUCAUU